CGCUGAUGAACAUUGUAGUAUCAACAAUUGGAAAUUUCGAAGGUUAGAAAUGGAAGGUGUAUUGCGACUGGAGGAGGCAGAGGAGGAACAAACAAUAGAAAACAAAAAUGUUCUCGCUCGACAAUUAGGUCUAUUUGCAUCGAUAGCUAUCACUGUAGGUACAGUGGUCGGCUCUGGAAUAUUCAUAUCACCAAAAGGCAUCGUGCUACAAAUUGAUAGUGUCGGCUUGAGUCUAGUCAUCUGGGUAGCAUGUGGCAUAGUGUCUGUUUUUGGUGCUUUAAGCUACUGCGAACUUGCUACAAGUUGUCCGAAGUCUGGUGGCGACUUCACAUAUUUGUUGAAUACAUAUGGUCCAUUGGUGGCGUUUUUGAACGUGUGGACGUCGCUUCUUGCAACCAGAACGGCCAGCACUGCCGUGUUGGCGAUAACGGCCGCGACAUAUAUUUUGCGGCCUUUCUCAAGCGGAUGUGAAGAAUUACCAGCCCUGGCGGUUCGUCUUUUAGCAGCAGCAUUGUUGUUCAUCAUUUUUUACCUAAACUGUGUAAGCGUUCGAUGGACAUCAGGUGCUCAGAAGUUCUUUACGUCCAUUAAGGUACUCUGUCUUUGUGUGGGCAUAGCAGUAGGCAUAGUUCUUCUAUGCAAAGGAAAAUACGAUAACCUGAAAGAACCAUUUAGAAGCGUUGACGUCAAUGUUGGAGGAUUAUCAUUAGCAUUUUACUCCGGUCUUUAUGCGUAUUCUGGUUGGCAGAAUCUUCCCCAACUGACGGAAGAAAUUGUGCGCCCACGAAGAAAUAUUCCACUUUCCAUAACGGUUUCUAUGGUAACCAUCAUAAUAAUUUACUUUUGUGUCAACGUGGCAUAUUUCAUCGUUCUUACACCAAGUGAGAUACGAGCGUCCGAGGCUGUGGCGUUGGAUUUUACUGCCAAAAUAAACGGCAAUGUAAGUUGGAUAAUUUCUAUUUGUGUUGCAAUAUCAUGCAUUGGAUCCAUCAACGGAAGCACGCUAGGAACCUCAAGGAGGUAUUUUGUAGCAUCAAGAGAAGGGUAUUUACCUUCAUUAUUUUCUAUGAUUCAAAUCAGAAACAAGACUCCCGCUCCCGUCGGUAUCCUAAUGUUGUUGAUAUCAACAUUGACGCUAUGUGCUGAUAACAUCUACAGUAUCAUCUACUAUUUGAGCUUUUCAAGAUGGUUGUUUCUCGGUCUUGUUGUAAGUACUGUUCCGUAUCUACGAAUUCGAUGCCCAGAGAUGGAAAGACCAUAUAAGGUUCCUCUUUUUAUGCCGAUCAUUUUCACCUUAUUUUCGGUCUUUGUUGUUUCCGUGGCCCUGUACACAUCGCCAAAGAAUUGUGGUGCUGGUGCAUUGAUAAUGUUAUCUGGGGUUCCUGUGUACUUGAUUGGUGUUAAAUCGCGUUCAAAACCGCCGUUACUGACUCGUGCUGCAGAGAAUUGUACACGAUUCUUUCAAAUGCUACUCCUAGUUGUGGAAUCGGACGAACCUGAUAAGCAUAUUUAAAAUCAGAACAAACGUAAGAUUGCUGCAUUACACACGGCGUCAAAUUUUUACCUUUUUACUUUGGAAAUUUUGUAGUUGUUAAUGGUUAUGUAGUUUUAUCAUAGCGAAUGUUUCAUAUGUAAAGCAAACGUAUUUUCGAAAAUACAUAAUUCUUAUUAGCUGGAUUAGAAUAGGAUUCCUAAUGUAUGCCUUUGUGUUAUGGAUCAAUAGCAAUGU